AUGCGAGAUUUUUCUGAUGUGCGCUAUGUGAAGAAUACUUGUGAUCACAGAGCAAGAGUCAAGAGGCAUUUCCUGGGCUUCAACCAAUCUCCCAUCAUGGGGCGCGGCAGCGGGUCCAAGGCGGGCCACAGAGCCCAGUGGCUAGCUCACAGUGGCAUCUCGCUGGUGGUCCUGGGCCACUUGACCUUGGUGCUGGGGGCCAUCAUCCACAGCUCCCUCCUGCGCCACGUGGCCUGGCCCGUGCACACCAUCACCUCGGAGUACGCCGUGGCUAAUGUCGUUCUGGUGGCUUCCGGGCUGUUGAGCGUUGCUGCUGGCGUCCUGCCAAUCCUGGUGUCCCGGAGCUUCUCCCACCGUUGCCUGUCUUGGAUCCUGGUUGUGCUGGCCCUGGCAAACGUCCUUAUCUCAGGAGCCUGCUGCAUGGGGCUGGCACUUGCCAUCUCCCCCGCUGUUGUCAACGGUGGCCAUCAUCUCUUUACUGGUUGCAACAGUUCUGCCCUUCCAGCUGAUGCCCGCACUGUGAUAACAAACAAGUGCCCUUUUGACACUACCCGCAUCUAUGACACAGUACUGGUCCUCUGGCUUCCUUCCUUGUUGAUGGCAGCAGUGGAAGCCAGUUUGUCUGCCUGGUGUUGCACAGCCUCCCUC